GAGAGAAAAAAGAUGCAACAAAUUUAGAGAGAGAGAGAGAGAGAGAAGAAUAAAAAAUAUUACAGAGAGUGGCCGUUCAAACGGCCACCUCCACCUCAACAUCUGGUUGGCGGUCUAUUAUGUGUGCAAUUCCCACCCUCGUUCUCUUCUCCUCCUAAACAAAAAACACAAACCUCAUUUUCUCGGGAAAAUCCCAUCCAAAAAAAAAAAAAAGAAAAGAAAAACACCACAACCAGGAAAAUCCGCCAUUUCUCAAACUCCUUUACCCUGCAUCACCAUCGUCUUCCUCUCUCAAUUUCCCGUGCUUUCUUCGUUCCGCACACGGUGGUGUUUGCUGGGCAUAAGAAAAUUUUCGGGAAUUUUCUCAGUCGAUGAUGCAGCACAACAUAUUCACAACAAUGCGAAGUUUGAAGAUCAUGGACGGGUGUAAGGGCACGCAGGUCUAUGCGCUUAAUCCGUCUGGUCCCCCCACAACCGCCGGCGCCGGCGCCGGUGGUGUUGGCGACAAGCUCUUGCACCAUCUCCAAGACCAUCUUAGGGUCAAUUCGAUUAGAUCCAAAUCGAAUCGGGUGUUUCAAGCCCCAAAUCAAACCCUAACCUCAAACAAUAAUGCUAUGUCCGAGAAUCUUCUUCCCUACGGGCUUCCCUCUACCGAUCUCUUAGAGCCUCUCAUCGACCCCUGCCUUAAAUCCGUCGAUUUCGUUCAAACCCUCGCCGAUGUGUAUCGACGGAUCGAGAAUUGUCCGCAAUUCGAUAAAUGGAAGCUGUUUCUUGAGCAAUGCGCUGUGUUCCGAGGGCUCUCCGAUCCCAAAUUGUUUCGAAAAAGCCUCCGUGCGGCUAGACAGCACGCUGUGGAUGUUCACACGAAAACAGUGUUAUCCGCGUGGUUGAGAUUUGAGAGGAGAGAGGAUGAGCUUAUUGGGUACUCAGCAAUGGAAUGUUGUGGAAGAAAUAUCGAAUGUCCUAAGGCUAGUUUGGUAUCUGGGUACAAUCCGGAAUCGGUUUAUGAGUCUUGUAUGUGUUCGAGUAGUUCUCGAGCUGAUGAUGAAUUUGUGGUCAGGGAUGAAGAGUGUUCGACGUCAGAGGAAGAUGGUGAUGUGUCGUUUUGCAUUAGGGAUGAAGAGGUUAGGUGUGUGAGGUACAAUAUCGCGUCAUUGUCAAGACCGUUUAGAGUAAUGUUGUACGGUGGAUUCUCAGAAACGAGAAGGGAAAAGAUAAAUUUCUCAAAGAAUGGGAUCUCUGCGGAGGGAAUGAGGGCUGCGGAGUUUUUUAGCAGGACUAAAAGGUUAGGUUCGUUUGAUGCGAAAAUUGUUUUGGAGCUAUUGUCUUUGGCUAACAAGUUUUGUUGUGAGGAGUUGAAGUCGGUUUGUGAUGCCCAUUUGGCGUCUUUGGUUCGUGAUAUGGAGGAUGCAAUGUUGCUGUUUGAAUAUGGAUUGGAGGAGACGGCUUAUCUUCUAGUGGCAGCUUGUUUGCAGGUUUUUCUCAGAGAGCUUCCGUGUUCGAUGCACAAUCCGAAUAUGAUGAGAUUUUUUUGUAGUUCAGAGGCUAGAGAGAGAUUGGCUAUGGUUGGGCAUGCGUCUUUUGUGUUAUAUUAUUUCAUGAGCCAGAUUGCCAUGGAGGAAGACAUGAAGUCAAACACUACGGUGAUGCUUUUGGAGAGGUUGGGUGAGUGUGCAACUGAGAGUUGGGAAAAGCAACUUGCUUUUCACCAGUUAGGCGUUGUGAUGCUUGAGAGAAAGGAAUACAAAGAUGCCCAGCAUUGGUUUGAGGCAGCUGCCGAGGCGGGUCAUAUUUAUUCGUUGGUGGGUGUUGCAAGGGCAAAGUAUAAGCGUGGCCACAAAUAUUCUGCAUACAAGCAGAUGAACUCUCUGAUUUCUGAUUACUCACCAGUUGGAUGGAUGUAUCAGGAGCGAGCUUUGUAUUGUAUUGGGAAGGAGAAGAUGAUGGAUUUGAGCACCGCAACUGAACUAGAUCCUACUCUAUUGUAUCCUUACAAGUAUCGUGCUGUGUCAUUGUUGGAGGAGCACAUGAUUGGAGCAGCCAUCUCGGAGAUCAGUAAGAUAAUUGGUUUCAAGGUUUCUCCUGAUUGCCUUGAACUGCGGGCUUGGUUUUUGAUUGCCCUUGAGGAUUAUGAAGGAGCGCUAAGAGAUGUUCGGGCACUCUUGACAUUGGAUCCAAAUUACAUGAUGUUUCAAGAAAAAAUGCACGGUGACCAUCUGGUAGAGCUCCUUUGCCCUCUUGUUCCACAAUUGAGUCAGGCGGAUUGCUGGAUGCAACUAUAUGAUCGAUGGUCCUGUGUUGAUGAUAUUGGUUCUCUGGCUGUUGUUCAUCAUAUGUUGGCAAAUGAUCCCGGGAAAAGCCUUCUACGUUUUAGGCAAUCUCUCCUUCUAUUACGGUUAAAUUGUCAAAAGUCUGCCAUGCGUAGUCUGCGUUUGGCUCGAAAUCAUUCUAGUUCUAAGCAUGAAAGACUUGUCUAUGAAGGAUGGAUAUUGUACGACACAGGCCACCGGGAAGAAGCUUUGGCGAAAGCAGAGGAGUCAAUUUCUAUUCAGAGAUCAUUUGAAGCUUUUUUCCUUAAAGCAUAUGCUUUAGCAGACUCGAGUCUUGAUCCUGAGUCUUCAAUGUAUGUUAUCCAGCUUUUGGAGGAAGCUCUUAGAUGCCCUUCAGAUGGUCUUAGGAAAGGACAAGCCCUAAACAAUCUUGGGAGUGUCUAUGUAGACUGUGAUAAGUUGGAUCUAGCUGCUGAUUGCUACAUGAAUGCCCUUAACAUUAAGCAUACACGAGCACAUCAGGGUCUUGCACGCGUAUAUCAUCUUAAAAGUCAACGAAAAGCUGCAUAUGACGAGAUGACAAAGCUGAUAGAAAAGGCCAGGAACAAUGCAUCAGCUUACGAGAAACGCUCAGAAUACUGUGAUCGUGACAUGGCUAAGAGUGAUCUUACUAUGGCAACACAAUUAGAUCCCCUGCGGACUUAUCCAUACAGAUAUAGAGCUGCAGUUUUGAUGGAUGACCAUAAAGAAAAAGAAGCCAUAGAUGAGCUGAGCAGAGCCAUUGCUUUCAAGCCUGACCUGCAGCUGCUACAUCUCCGAGCAGCAUUUUAUGAAUCGAUGAGUGAUUACAUCUGCACCAUCCGAGACUGCGAAGCAGCUCUUUGUCUUGAUUCCAGCCAUGCUGAUACUCUUGAGCUCUAUAACAAAGCAAAAGAGCAUGUAAAUGAAUGACAAAAAUAAACAUCCGCAUAGCCAUUGUUCAUUAUUACCAACGAGCAAUCUCCCAUUGCUCCCACACAGACUUUUUAGGCACAAAAGGCAAGCAGUAAGCUCUAUUUUAUCUUUUUGGGUUUUUUCUAUGGAACUCAGAUGCAGAGUUCCCAUGGCCCUUAAGAUGGAACAAAGUCAAGAGGAAAAGAGAGUUUGGAUUAGAAGGAAGGCAAAGUAGAAGAUCAAAGAUAGUAUGUAAAUAUUUAUUCAUUGGAUUAUUGAUUGAAGCAAUCUUCAUCAUGUCGUGCGCACAACUGCUGCCGAUGCCGAUGAUAUCCACUCAAUCAACGAUGCGAGUGAAAGUAACCACAACACAAAGAAUCUUGUACAUGAAACGUCAUCUUGUGAUGAAUUUAGAGGUCAAUUGUUUUUUUUUUUUUUUUUGGCAAAGUGAUUUCCAAUGUAAUGUAAUAUUGUCAUAUUGUUCUGCGAUUUGUUGUAUAAGAUUCACAAUUUUCCCUUACAUCAAGACAGGAAAGAGUUUAUUA